AAAAAUGUGGACUUGCAACUAACGGCAUUUCCAUACACAGAAUGAACAUGCUUCAAGUACCCGGACGGACGGAUUCUGAGCUCUUCUCUUCUUCGUUGGCGAAAGUGUGAUGCGAUCGAUCCUUGCACAUCUCAGACUGCUAUUUAAACCCAUUUUCACACAUAUAUGUAUACAAAGUUAUUAUAUACAGGGCGAAGGAAGGGGCGAAUAAAUAAAUCCACCACCUGUGACUGACUUUCUCCCUUGAAAAGUCUAGUUGGGAAAGUUCCAGUCAUGAUUUAUUCCACGACUUCUUCUUGAACUGGUGGAGGUGGUGGUGAUGGUGGGUUGACAAGAGAUACAUACGUACGACGACACGGUCUCGUUAUUUACUUGUUACUUAUUAGUCCACGUAGGAGGAGUGGGACUAAAAGGAGAAGAGGAGCGCAUUGGUUGUCACUUGGGAUCCUCCUCGUCAGUUGCAUACAUACUUAGCCUGGUGAAAGUUCUCCUCUGAUUUCAUUCCAUCUCGAGAUAAGGAACGGAAAAGGUGGAGGAAAGGUGAUCUGAUCGUCGUCACGUUUCGUGGUGUGUGUCCUACUUUGAAAUUUUUACGAGUUAGGAGGAUAAAUCAAGAUUGUUCUGUCGGCUGGAUUGAGUAAUAUAAUUGAGGCGGACAAACUCCAGACUUGCAGAGGAAGAAGUUAGUUAUGUGAUGUGUGCUUAUCGAGAUAAAUUCAGACAACCUCUCACUAACAUUCGGCGGUGGAUCACCGACUUGGGCCAUUCGCCAAUCGUUUCAGGUCUCGGAGGUAACAGGUCGGACGGUUUUGUGCCGCCCGGAAGCCCUGCAAAGUGUCCAAUCGCUUCUCCUGGUGGUGAAAAUUCUACGUCCUCAUUUAUGGACAGCCCUUCGCCUUCGAGAAUGCAGGAGCAGCAAGGGGACUUAGAAUUAGGAAAUAUUAAGCAGUCCUUGGACUCGAUCAAAAUUUGCUCAGCAAAUAUUAGCAAGACACAGAUGAAAGAGUUUCGGGAAGCAUUCGGCUUCUUUGAUAAGGAUGGUGAUGGAUUUAUCACCUCUGAAGAGCUGGGAAUUGUUAUGAGAUCGUUGGGUCAGUUUGCUUCGGAAGACGAACUAAAAGAAAUGCUCAAAGAGGUGGACAUCAAUGGUGAUGGGCUAUUCAGUUUGGACGAGUUUGUCGAAAUUGUGUCCAAUUACUCUGGCAAUACUGGUGAAAAACCUGACGAAGAGCAAGAACUUCGGGAUGCUUUCAGAAUUUUCGAUAAGCAUUCACGAGGUUUCAUUAGCGCAUCCGACCUACGAGCAGUGUUACAUUGUCUUGGAGAGGACCUAAGCGAGGACGAAAUCGAAGACAUGAUAAAGGAAGUUGAUGUAGAUGGGGAUGGCAGAAUUGAUUUCAACGAAUUUGUCCGAGCGUUGGGAGAACCGGAUCCUGACGAAUCCGAACCUGAAGACAAUGACGUCCGGGGAUCUACUGAAACUGCGGGCGAUCAGUUACAAAUUUAGAUGAUACAAAUAAUAACACGUACAUACAUAGAUAAUAGAAAAAAGAGACCAGUUUGUUCCUUGAAACUUGUUCUUGUGCACACCUGCUACUGCAAAAUGACAUUUGCUGACUUUUCGCUUUGCAUGCUUUUUGCAUUGAGUGAGUGCUUUAAGGUAGCAUAUACAACAUGCUAAACUGACCAUGUAACAGAGCCCCAGACCCCUUUAAAAACUGGACCUUAAUGUUAUGGUGAAACUUGUUCAUUGUUAUAAACUAAUGUUGGUGAGUGAUCUUUAAAUGCUUCUGCUAUCGUGUACUGUUGAAUAUUCUAAAAAGAAAAGUCUUCGCUUUUCCUGUAAUAAUAUAUACGUAUUAAUGAUUGAAAAAAUGUUGAAAUAAUAAAUAUUCUCAACAACAAUA